AUGAAACCAGAAACUUUAGUUAUGAAAAUAAUAGAAGCUAUUGAAACAGCUUCACCAACUACAAUAACUUAUAAUGGUAAAAAAAUCAGCAUAACUAAAAAACUUAUUGAUAAAUACAAAUAUUUUAAAGUCAGAGACGAUAUAGACUUAGAAAGAAUUGACGCGAACGCAAAAGAAGGUGGAUUUAUAUUUUCCCUACCAUUAAUAUUUGCUGGUAUUACCGCGGCGGCUUCAGUGGCUGGUGCUACAGCUGGUGGAAUAAAAGCUGCCAACGCAAAGAAAGCUGCUAUUGCAGAAGCUGCUGCUAAAAAAGCCACCGAUGAAAAAAACGCAGCCGAACAACGUAGACAUAAUUUAAAAAUGGAAAAGUUGGCAGCAGAGGUUGAAAAAACUAAAACGGAAAAGAAAGGUUCAGGAGUGGGAGAAAUGAUAGGCACAAUGAAAGAAUUUGGAAAAAAAUUUAGUGAAGAAACCAAGAAAACUGUUAAACAAGGAUUAAAUAAAUUAGUAGAUAGUAUUGACACAGGAGAAAUCAAAGUCAAACAUAAGGGUAAUGGAAUAUUUUUUAAAAAUAUACGCACUGGAGAAGGAAUAUAUCUUUCGAAGUAUAAAGGAGAAGGAGUUAUUUUUGGAACAAAAUAA